GGUUACCUCAUCGCCGCCUCCGGGAGGCCCGGCUCGCUCGCUCGCGCGCCGGCUGGGGCGGCGACUCCAGGCGCCGAAGCGAGAGAAGGACAGAGGGACAGAGGCUCCGAGAGGCAGCGCCGGCCCCCGCGUCUCGCGCCGCAGGGAGGUCGGACCUCGGGGCCCCGCGCUCCCAGCGCCGCCUCGGUUCGCGCUGCGGGGCGGAGGCUGUGUCUGAGUGCGGCGCGCCGGGUCCGCCGCUCCCGGGCUUCGGCCCCUGCCGGAGCCGCUCGUGCGUCCGCCACCCGUCUGCCCGCUCGGUGCCUGUCCGCCCUCCCGCCACCAGCUCCGUCCUCGGGCCUGGCCCCCCGCGGCCUCGGGCGCUCCGGAGGGCGACGAGGAGCGCGGGGGCCGCGGCGCACCGGGCAGGGCGCGCGGGGCGCACGGCGCGGCGCCAGCCCAUGAGGCUUCCCGGCGCCGGGAGAGGCAGCGCCGGGCGGCCAUGGGGGGCAGCCUGCGGGUGGCUGUUCUGGGCGCCCCGGGUGUGGGCAAGACGGCAAUCAUCCGCCAGUUCCUCUUCGGUGACUACCCCGAGCGUCACCGGCCCACGGACGGGCCGCGCCUCUACAGGCCUGCAGUGCUGCUCGACGGUGCCGUCUACGACCUGAGCAUCCGCGACGGCGACGUCGCUGGCCCCAGCCCGAGCCCGGGGGGUGUCGAGGAGUGGCCGGACCCUAAGGAUUGGAGCUUGCAGGACACGGACGCCUUUGUGCUAGUCUACGACAUCUGCAGCCCGGACAGUUUCGACUACGUGAAGGCCCUGCGGCAGCGCAUCGCGGAGACCAGGCCGGCGGGCGCGCCGGAAGCGCCCAUCCUCGUGGUAGGCAACAAGCGGGACCGGCAGCGGCUGCGCUUCGGACCGCGGCGCGCGCUGGCAGCCCUGGUGCGCAGGGGCUGGCGCUGCGGCUACCUCGAGUGCUCGGCCAAGUACAACUGGCACGUGCUGCGCCUCUUCCGCGAGCUGCUGCGCUGCGCUCUGGUGCGCGCCCGUCCUGCACACCCAGCCCUACGCCUGCAGGGGGCGCUGCACCCCGCGCGCUGCAGCCUCAUGUGACCAGAUGGGACGCCGCCGCCGUUGGGUCCCCCAUUUGACUGAAACAGCCAGGGACCUGCAUUGGACCAGAUUGCCCAACUUCACUCUGAAUGGACAGGGCACAGUCUCCUCCCUGAUUGGAUGAGGAAACCCUCCCACCUAAUCUCCUGGGCGACAGGCCUCUCUUUGAACUUCAUUGGACCCAGCCAGGUCCAAGCCCCAUUGGACAAGACUGGUCCUUUCUGGGACCUCAUUGGGUCACAGGCCCACUGAAUGGAAAGGACUUGGCCAUGAAUGUGACCGGAAGUGCUCAGACUGCUCCUGGAGCUUCCCUGGACAUAUUCUUUAUGCCACACCUCUCACUCCGUAAUAAAAGGGGAAACAAUUUGA